ACGGCCGCGCGUCCUCGUCGUCGGAGGUGUGAUGAGGAUGAGAGGCGAGCGCCUGUGGUGGGCUGGUGGGUGUCAGUGUGCGCGCAGACGCCGGUGCAGCCGCACGCGCCGCGAGCUGCGAUGAGGUAGCGGCGCGGCCAUGGUGUACCCGGAGCCGUCCCGCUGGGGCGCGCCCGACGCCGCGCUCGCGCCCCUCUACGACGACGUCUACAGAGCUGAUGGAGUCCUCUCGACUGUGAACGUAGUGGAAGCCCUCCAAGAGUUUUGGCAGGUGAAGGCGGCACGAGGCGGGGGCGCGGCGGGCGGCGCCCUCGUCAUCUACGAGUCUGUGCCGGCUGCUCAUCCGCCCUACGUCUGCUACGUCACGCUCCCCGGUGGAGCGUGCUUUGGCAGUUUUCAAAACUGCCCAACUAAAGCGGAAGCAAGACGCAGCGCCGCUAAAAUAGCAUUAAUGAACAGCGUAUUCAACGAGCACGAAUCUCGGCGGAUAUCCGACCAUUUCAUCGAGAAGGCGGUGGCGGAGGCACGCGCGUCCUUCGCCGGAGACACGAGCAACCCACACCAGGACCCCAGCGCUGGUAUCGCUGCGUUUAGGUUCAUGCUGGAGGCGAACAAAGGUCGGACGAUGCUGGAAUUCCAGGAGCUGAUGACGGUAUUCCAGCUGCUCCACUGGAACGGGUCGCUGAGAGCGAUGCGCGAACGCCAAUGCUCGCGGCAGGAAGUGGUAGCGCACUACUCGGCUCGGGCACUAGACGACGCGAUGCGGGAACAGAUGGCGCGAGAAUGGGCCACCAGGGAGCGUGAAGCGUCUUCGUCCGGUGGCGGAGUACUACGCGCGGAGCUGGCGAGAUCUGAACGCGAGCUCCGGGCCGCGAGGCUGGCGGCGCGCGAGCUUCGCUUCCCUAAAGAAAAGCGCGACAUCCUCCAACUGGCCGCCCGUCUAGCGCCGCCGCCGCAACCGUGAUCUCAACAACACCACGCACGUCUGACGCCCGCAACGCGUUACUUAAUUAUAGUCUUUAGUUUAAGAUA